AUGAGUGAAGUAAAGUAUAAGCAACUGCAUCAUUUUCCAUGUGGUGACCUGGCAAAUCCAGAUCGCUGCCUGUUAGUUUCCAUUUGCUUGCAUGGCGUUUUUGUUUGUGCUUCCAGUAGUGGUCUCCUUUUAUAUGACACGAAACAGUAUCUUGAAGCAACAGGAGCAUGCGAACUUCGACGAGACAAACCACUUCCUAAUCAUAAACCAAAUAUUACUAUUUCUUCUAUUGAUCCUAUAUGUUGGACAGCCUUUAAUUCUGAUGGCUUAACAUUAGCUGUUUUAACUUCAAGUGAAAAUCGUGGGGCACUAGUACAUUUGGUCAAUGUUCAUCAACUCGUGAAGCAAGCAUCAGCUGAUUUGUUAAGCAUUAGUCGUUCUGUUCGUGUUUGCGGUGGUGAACCUACUGGAUGGAGAGUACGCGACUUCUCGUGGAGUCCUACAGACCCAACUACAUUCGUUGUUGCCCUUGAGUCAGGCGCAGUUCGUCUUUUUAACUUUUCAUCUGAUGCUAGUGGAGCUAUCACUCUUGUUGGUCAACUGCCAUCUACUGCAGAUUGUCGAUGUGUUUCUUGGAGUCCGAAGGGCAAGCAACUUGCUCUCUGUUUGAAAGGAUCUUUGGCCACUGCCAAUGGUGUCAUGCAGGGUCCUUUAAUUCUUCAGGUCGAUCCACAAAUGCAUCAAAAGCGUAUAGUACCACUUGUUAAUUUGUUCAACGCAAAUAAUAAUUGGAAGGAUAGCUGUCCAGUUGACUUAUUGUGGACAUCUUCGUACAACUUUCUUUUGGCUGUUAAACAACCUAAAAGUGAAAAUCGUGCUUAUUGUUCAACACAAGUUCUAUACAUCAGUACAACUUCAAAAUCACCUGAACCAUCAGCAGUUACAAUCGAUGGUUUGAGUAGUCCACAUGUGGAAUAUAACAAAGCACAAUAUUAUUUUCGUUUUUUGGGCACAAAUUAUGUUGCUGUUAACUGGUCAUAUGUUGGAGAAGAGGUAGUUAUUCUCCAGUUACCUACUACACCUGAUAAUAACAUGCCUCAAGCUUUAAUGAGUAUUGAAUUACCUGUUGAUGGCCUACCUGUUAGUAUGGAUGUUGGAGUAUUUCAGAAAGAUAAUGAAUCAAUGGAGAAUUCUGUAGUAUACUUAAUUACAUGCUUGUCUAGUGGUAAUGUUUGCCCGUAUAUGUUAAAUUCAACUAGUCAAAUGAUACUGCUCAAUCCAAAUCUUCCAAAAGCAUUAAAUUUACAAAUUCCUCAACCACCUGUUUCUACGGUUGUGACACCUUCUUCAGAGAUGCCGAAAUCCGUUUCUGUAACAUCAUUUCCAAGUAAUAUCAAUAAUUCUACGACAUUUGGUCAGGGGAAGCCAACUUCGACUCCAUUAUUCAAUCUGAAUAUCUCUGCACAACCAUCACCAGUUAAUACAACCACCUUCAGUUCGCAGCAAUCGGCUACCACACCCAUACCGUCGAAUACAAUUAAAGUAUCAGAAGAACAAAAAACAAGUUUAUUUCAAAUCCCUACACCUACAAGUAUCACUUCCGACCGACUAGAGAAUUUACCGCCUAUCGUUGAACAGGCGGAAACAAAAGAAAAGCCAGUUACCAAAUGCGAACAACCAUCAUCGAACAAGUCCCGAGACAUACCAUUGCCCAAAUCUGUUCAAGCAGCAGCAGCUCACUUUUCUUCAGCUUUAAAAGCAGAAGCUGAAGCUGGACGUGCAGUUUGGCAAAAUUUAUUCAACAUUUUAAUUAAUGGAGAAGUUGAUGGAAAGUCUGGCGAGUCUAAGGGUUUAGAUAUAAUUGAAGCACGUUUAUGCGAUGUCAACCGAUUUUUGACGGCAAUGGAUGAGGUGAUUUCUGAAUUGUCAAGUGCGUUGGAUGAACGUAAAGAAGAUUUAACAAAUUCUAUAACAUUUGGUGAACGUUUACGUCGUGCCUUACGCUUAUAUGCUAGUGGUGAUUGGUUUUCAACUAUAUCUGGUCAUUUAGAUCCAGAGACAAAUCGAUUAUUUAGUCAGUUAAAGAGACGUGCACGUUUGGCUGAAGCGGGACUGUACGAUUUAGAGGAACAGAUUGAAAAUUUAGCCUCAGAAGUGGAAUCUAUUCAGUUAAAAAAUAAAAAUACUAAUAAUACACCUAUUAAACAGGGGAAAGAAAAAGCCUCCUUAAGAAAUAGUGUUGGAGGCAAUCCCACUAUAAUGCGUGCAUUAGAUACAAAUGCCAAUCUUAUUCGUGCUGAACGUAAUCGAAUAGAUUACAUUAUGGAGAGCUUAAAAAGACUGGGUUUAAGUCCAGUGAAAUGUGAAUCUACGAAUGAUACACAGUGCGGUAAACAGUCAAAGUCUUUAAAUCGCUCGAAUAUAUCAUUUUCAAAGGAUGAUGACUAUAACAGUACUAUUAAUAAUACUAUUAGUAAUAAUAAUAAUAAUCCAUCUCAACAUAUGAUACAUGAACGUGAUCAAGCUUUGCUACGCUUAUUUUCCAACUAUAAGCUACCUGUUAUCCGGCCAACUAAAGUCUGUCCAUCUAUUUCUACAGAGGCAGAGAAUUUAAAUCUUUCAGACUUUAAAGCUGGUGAAUCAUUUUCUGAGACACAAUCAAGCUCGAAUAUUCUUCAGAGUAAAGCUACUCCGUCACCGGGAAGCCUGAAAAAUUCUCGAUUAGAAAAAUUACUUGUUGUAUCUGGAGAACUUGCCACGAACACUGCCGUUUCUGUUGCACCUAGAACUCCUCCAAAUGUUAGUGUAAAGAAUGUAACUGAUGUAAGGAAGUCUACUGGUGCCGCUCCUGCUCAUCCACUGACAUCUGCAAGUCCUUUGUUUAGCACUCCAACUUCUUCGAUCCUCAGUAAACCAAGUGUGUCUUUUGGAUUAACAAAAGGUCAAAGCAUAGAAAGUCCGUCAACUACUAAUAUAUCGACCAUAAAAUCAUCACCAUUGGCAGGUGUAAAAGUAUCUGAUACAAACGCGCCAACACACCAAUCUCUUUCGGAUAGUACGAAACCAGUUACUCAGUCCUUGUUUACUCCAACGACUAAAGCACCAAUUUCAACAACGUCGGCAACAUCAGUUCCCAAUGCCUUCGCAUUUACCCCUUCAUCCAAAUCUGUUGGAUUUCCCUCGAUAAGUACACCGAGUACAGUGGCCGCAUCCUCUACGUCUUCCGUGAUGAACAAUGCUGGGCAGCCUAGUCCACUAUUCCAGCAAGUUCAGUCCAGUACACCCGUCACCAAUAUAACGAAUGUUAACAGUUCAGGAGGAUUGGCUGUGUCCGCGAAUUCCCUGUUUAGUUCUCAAGCAGUCACUUCAAAGUCGAAUACCACCACUCCAACAAGUCAGACAGUAAACGAAAUAAAUAAAACCCAACCUAAUGUAGUUCCGGUAAUUCCUGGAUGCCAUGUAUCUUCUCCACCUUCGGUUUCUUCUUCUACUUCCGCUUCAACUCCUGGACUGUUUUCAUUUUUACCAACUUCGGUUUCUAAUACUGGUGUAUUAUUUGGAUCGGGACAAAAUCAGAGUUCCACAACAUCUACAACAACAACAACAACAACUUCCCUUUUCUCCAGUGUACCAUUGACGAGUACAACAAGUCCUGCUUCUAGUGGUCAAACGCAAUCAUCGACCUCGACUACUUCUAAACCACCUACUCAAUCAAUUUUCGGUUCAUCACUAUUUGGUUCAGCACCUGUCACUGGGUCGAAUACAUUCCUAUUCGGUACUCCAUCUCAAAAUACUGCAUCACCUGCUAGCACAUCUGUGGGUACUGUUUCUUCAACACCUAAUGUCAGCACCAUGGGAAUUUCGACUUCGAAAAAUGAGGUUUCUGCUGGAACAGCUACAUCUGCUCCUACUUCCAUAUCGUCGUUAUUUGGCGCUACAGGUGGCAGUACUCUAAACACUAGUGGUGGACUAUUUUCUGCUAAUACAUCUUCCCUUCCCCAAAAUUCAACGUCUUCUACUCAACCUUGUACAACUGGUCUUUUCAGUUUUACAAAUGCAACGAUUUCAACAAGUGCUACAGCUGCCGUCACUACUACUUCAGUAACAUCGAGUGUUUCUAGCCCUUUCGGAUCGUCUCUUUUCGGAAAGUCACCUGAACAGCCUAAAUCACUGUUCUCAACGCCGAUGUCAGCAAUAACCACAGCUACUGCUGCUAGUACAACAACUACUACAACUGCCACUAAUGCAUCUGGUUUGUUUGGUUCACUGCCGAAUGCAUCGACCGGUGUUAAACUAUUCGGAACACUGCCGACAACACAACCUGGGGGUCUUUUAUUUGGUUCGGCCUCGAAUCAAGCGUCAGGUCCUAAACUUUUUGAAACUACUACGCCUACUACUAAUACGAGUUCUAAUCCUGUCUCCUCUCCCACCUCAUCAUCUACAUUAUUUGGUGGUAUUUUUGGCUCCCCAUCGGUUACUUCAUCUAUGAAUAAUGCUAACACUACCGUCACUACUGCAUCCGGUUUGUUUCAAGGCAUUGGUUCAUCACCAACAAAAAGUUCUGGUCUGUUUCAGUUUUCUUCAGGAAACAGUCUUUUUGGUUCUACAACAGCUAACAAUGCAACUUCACCUCCUAGUACUGGUCUUUUCGGUGCGAUUAAUACGCAACAACCAGCCACAUCGAAUCCACCUGGUGCUGGUUUAUUCGGAUCACCGACUGGAACACCUGCGAAACCUACUGAUGGGUUAUUUUCAAUGAAUAGUUUAAAUCUUGGUGGUAAUUCUGCACCCCAAAAUCCUACACAAAAUAUUUUUGGUAAAGCUUUUGGGGGUCAAGCUAACUCUAGUUCUGGUCUGUUUGGCUCGCUUAAUCCAACUUCUCAAACAAAUGUAAAUACUACACCAACUGCGUCAUCUGUUGCUCAACCAGGCCUGUUUAGUAAUGCUUUAUUUGGUUCUUCAGUAUUCGGUUCUCCUGUUUUUGCUAAUGCAGUCUCUACUACUAGUAGUACUGUUAGCAGCGGUGGUGGUGGUGGUCUGUUUAGUGGAUUGAGUUCAAAUGUUAAUUCAGGUACAGGCCUGUUUGGUAGUCGAACAUCUCCUCCUGCUGCUAAUACUGCUGGCGGCUUUGGAAGUCCACCAGUAUUUGGUAGCAGUCCUACAUUCGGUGGAUUAGGUAAUACAAAUCCUUCUGGACAAGGAUUGUUUGGCAUGAGUGGAACUGCAGCGUUUAAUACAGGUACUGGUGGAUUGUUUGGUGCACCUAUGCCGCCUGCUGGUGGUGGUUCUCUAUUCGGUGGAAACACUAAUCCACCGACUGGUGGCGGUGGGUUAUUCGCUUCGUUGGGAAAUAAAACGGAUAAUCUAAGUUUCGGUUCACUUGCACAAGUAUCACCACCCAGUGGAAAUAUGCCUAAUUCACCAUUCGGUAUUAGUCCAUCGUUUACUCAAAGGCGUGCCUAA